GAAUAAAUGCUUUAGGUAGGCGGAUAGACAUUCAGUUUACAGUUAGCAGCCACGCGGUGACGACUAUUAAUUUUUUAGUGUGUUUGUAAUCGUUUUGUGUAAAAACUAAUAACAGAAAUAUUUUAUUAAAUAUAUUUAUAUAUAUUAAUAUAUAUAUUUUAAAUUAAUGAAAUAAUAUAAAUAAAAAACAAAAUUGCCGAAACCAUAAGUCCGUCCAAAAAAAAAACCCAUUAUACGCGUAUAUAGUCAUAUCUACUUUGAGAAAAUAGCGGAAAUACAGCAAACCGCUGACUGUGCUGGAAAAGUUGUUAACGAUCUUUUGUGUAGUGCAGUAAUCUAAAGUGUCCUUCAAGUCAUGUCACACUUACCUGACGACAACGUGCGCUGCUGCAUGUGGAAGCAACUUAUGUAUAGAUGGUUCGAUAUAAAGAAGCUAAUAACAGUAGAAAUAUUAAAUCGCAUCAGCAAGUUGUUUGAGCUAAGAGAGCAAAUUGAAGAAGAGAAAAGAUUGCUGAGAGAAAGCCUAACGAACUGCAAAACAAAAAAAGAAUUCUUCAGGCGUUGUAGAAAUAUCGCGUUUCAAUCGGAUAUAGAGGAGCCCGAAGUAGAAAUAUUCGAUUUGAUAUUGGUUGAAGAGGCAAAGCAAGUGACUACACUUCGAACUGCAUUACGAUGUGGGAAAAUCAGCCAUACUCUAGAAUAUGACAGCGAAGAUGACAUUGAUAUUUUUAGAAACGAAGUUGACAAAGUAAUGGAUGAUGCUACAGCAUCAAUAAAACGUUAUAUUGCAUCAGUGGGUGGCAACCAGCGAAAUGUAGUCAAAGGUGCGGCGAGUUUGGAGAACCCUGCAAAAAGAAGAGAAGUAGUGGCCGAAACAAUCACAGCUGACGAAAGCGAUGUUGAAGAGAUAGAGCAAUGCCGAAUGUUAUCACAAGGUGAAGACUCUAAUGAUGUGUCUUUUGCCAGUUUCAGCAAGAGAGCGAGAAUUCACAAUGACGAUAAAGACAAGACAGAUGAUGAAGAUCAUAGAGACGAUAGAAACAAGAUAGAUAUAAAAGGCAAGAAAGCCAAUAAAGCUAAUAAAGACGAUGAAGAGAAUGAUGACAUCGAUGAGGAUAAAGCCGAUAAAAGAGAUAGUAAAGAAAAUGAAAAUGUAGAGAGAACUCAUGGGAAAGAUAUUGACGAUGAUGAUAAUGAUGAUAACGACAGUGGCAAAUUUAAAGUUGUGGCAGAAAAUAAUGAAGAAGACGUUGAUGAGGAUAAGAAUACUCGCGAUUAUAGCGCUGAAGAAGACAAUACCGAUCGUUUUAAGCGUGAUAAUUUUGAUGAUAAUAACGCUGAUAAUGACAGCGAUGACGAUGAUUAUUACUUUAAAGAAUAUAUUGUAUGCGGAAUAUCGCCAGCUGAUUUAAUUUCUAGUCUUACUGACGACGAGCAAGUGGCUGGAAAUGAUAAUGAAGAGCGCCAUGUUGCCAAUUAUGGCACAAUUGAAGUCACUUCUACUGCAGAAGCCACUUUUAAUGCAGAAGCCGCUUGCACUGCCGAAGCCACUUCUACGGCCGAAGUUACUGCAGUCGUUGCAACCAGCGAUAACACUGAUAGCAGUUCUGAUGAAACGGACGUACUGCACAUCGACUUACACUGCCCAGAUUGUGGUAAAUUUAUCGUAACACAAGAAUUUUGCGAAAAACAUGAAGAUGACACUGAUGACACAUGCUCCACAUGCGGCAACAGGGUAUCAGCCGCAGAUGACAGCGUCGAUGAACGAGUUACUAGCCUCUUGCGCGAACGUGUAGAAAAGAUCGAAGAAAUGCGAGAGCCCGGAGAGGACAACACUUUGGCUUAUGUAUAUAUAAGACAUGAAAUUAAUGUGAAAUCAUUCUUUGAGAAUGAUGUAGAAUGGACAUUCUUGGGUCCGUCAAGGACGAAAAUAAGAAAAAGUGUGAUACAGGAAAUCGACUGGGAUGUAAUGAAGUCUUCGGAAAUAAUUAACGUAUUGUUGGAGAUACUUUUUGAUGAGAAAACUCUCGCUACACAUAAUGUGUUGGGUAUUACGCCGGUCAACUAUCCAGAUGGAGUGGAAAUAUUAAAACUGCCUGAAGAGCCACUAGAAGAUCUGUUAUAUUUGCUCUUCAUGGCAAAGGGUUUUACACCAAGAAAUGGUGUUAAAGUAAUAAACAAGAAAUGUGAUGAAAUAUUUUGGAAAAAACGUAAUAAUAUAUUCCUAAAGUCAGAAAAAAAUUUGUAUGAUGAAAAUGAAAAUAAAAUGCUUAACAGUAAGAGCGAAAGCGAAAGUGAAAUUGACUAAGUUGGGCGCGAAGAUAAGGAAGACGGA